CCCGGCUGGGGUCCGUGAGUCUGCGCCUCGGGCGGGCUGUGCCGGGUGGGGGGCCGUGCUUCGCUCGCGGGCGGGCGCGGGGACCCCCAGCCUUGACCUCCCUCCCGACGUCUCGGCCUCAGAGGUGCGGCGGAGCGGCUGCGGCCCCCCGGGGACUCGGCCCGGGGCAACCACGGCCCUCGCCGCUCGGGGCUCGCAUGGGAGGCGGCGGGAGGUGCGGCCGGGCAUGUUCAGGCUGAUGGCCAGUUGCUGCAGCUGGUUCAAGCGCUGGCGGGAGCCCGUCAGAAAGGUGACUCUUGUGAUGGUGGGACUUGAUAAUGCUGGUAAAACGGCAACGGCAAAGGGAAUCCAAGGAGAGUAUCCUGAAGAUGUAGCUCCUACUGUUGGAUUUUCCAAAAUCGACCUUAGGCAAGGAAAGUUUGAAGUCACCAUCUUUGACUUGGGAGGUGGAAAAAGAAUUCGGGGAAUCUGGAAGAAUUAUUAUGCUGAAGCCUAUGGGGUAAUAUUUGUUGUGGAUUCCAGUGAUGAAGAGAGAAUGGAAGAGACAAAAGAGACAAUGUCAGAAGUGCUGAGACAUCCUAGGAUAUCGGGAAAGCCUAUAUUGGUGUUGGCAAAUAAACAAGACAAGGAAGGGGCUUUAGGAGAAGCUGAUGUGAUUGAAUGCCUAUCUCUGGAAAAAUUAGUCAAUGAGCACAAGUGCCUAUGUCAAAUAGAACCUUGUUCAGCAGUCUUGGGCUAUGGAAAGAAAAUUGACAAGUCCAUUAAAAAAGGUCUUUACUGGCUGCUACAUAUCAUUGCAAGAGACUUUGAUACCUUAAAUGAACGCAUCCAAAGGGAUAUAACAGAACAGCGUGCUCUUGAAGAACAAGAGAAACGAGAAAGGGCUGAACGAGUGCGAAAAUUACGAGAAGAGAGAGAACAAAGGGAGCGAGAACAAGCGGAACUGAAUGGAAGCAGCAGCCUGGCUGAGUUGGACCCCGAACCAAUUACUGUUAAUCCUUUCCAGCCAAUAGCAUCUGUCAUUCUUGAGAAUGAAAGAAAACUUGAAAAAGAGAAAAGGAGACAGAAUAUGGAGAAAGACAGUGAUGGCCGUCCCCUGAAACAUAAAGUGGAGCAUGAGCAAAUAGAGACACAGAGCCAGAUCAGUGAUAGUAGCCAAAAAACCAAUGAGCUUGGAGUAGUAGAAAAUUACAAGGAGGCUUUAACACAGCAGUUGGAGAAUGAAGAUGAGACAGACCAGCGAUCAUCAGAAUCAGAUAAUAGUAAAAAGAAAACUAAGAAACUAAGAAUAAAAAGGAGUCACCGUGUAGAACCUGUUAAUACAGAUGACUCUGCUCCUAAGAGUCCAACACCACCCCCACCUCCUCCUCCUGUUGGCUGGGGAACCCUUAAAGUCACUAGACUUCCAAAACUUGAGCCUCUUGGUGAAACACGUCAUAAUGAUUUCUAUGGAAAGCCACUGCCUCCCCUGGCUGUGCAACAGAGACCUAACAGUGAUGCUCAUGAUGUGAUUUCAUAACCAAGUCGCAUGGAUGCACUCUUCUAAUAUAGGCAAGAUCCACUAGAGGAUAUUCUUUCUCAAAGAAGAAGAAAAACCCAAAACAUUGAUGACUGGGGCAAGAUAACCAUAGCAUGAUUUCAGUAAGGCGAUGAAUAGUCAAAGACCUGACUGAUCUGACAACUAUCCAUGUUAUUCAUUUUUUUGUUGUUGUUUUUGUUUUUUUUAAAAAAAGGAAGCAAAAUGACCAGUAGAUGGGAUGAGGAUUUGAAUCAAUUUAACAGGAGUUACCGUUGACUCUGGAUUUUACAGUCCCACUCAUGGGCAUAUUCCUGAAGGAAAGCCUUUUUACAAAAAGAGCUGAUGGACUCCCUACUUUCUUUACUAUUUGUUUAAUAGUCUUUAUUACUGUAUCUUACAUAUUUUUUUUGUAAGAUAUAUGUGCAUGGAAGGGGAACUCUUGGGAAUUUAUAACCUAAGUUUUUAACUUUUUAUAUUUUUCUACAACUUAAAAGAAUUUUAAUUACCAUGAUAUUGACUGCACUUUUCUAUAAAUGGUUUGUUUAAAUUGUGUCUGGAAAUGGAGUUGAUUUACUUGACAAACAUGAACUAUACAAACAGGAUGUAUUUAUAUGGCUUCAGGUAUGUUUUAUAAGAGUAUUGUCCUUGAAUUAUACAUCUUAAUUUUACUUAAUUUUAAAAUAAUACCUUUUUAAAAUAGGUUCUUAGAUCUUUAUUCUUCCAAAUUAUGUUAUCUGAAAACACUACCCAAGGAGGGCUCCAUUUUUUUGUUGUUGUUUGCUUUUUUUUGGUGAUCAGAAUAAAUGAAAGAGACUUGAAAUACUUUCUUGAUCUAAGUGCUUUUUAAAUUAAUUAAAAUGUUAUGUUGAGAUAUUGUUAAAAUUCUCAAUGAACACCUCUUUCAUAGGAUAGACCUUUUCAGAUCUAGGUGCUCCUUGUCACUCUCAUUCUAUCAGAAGCCACAGUGGGUACAGAGACUUGUGUUUUAUAAUCAGAUAAUGCUUGGAUACUCAGUCAAUAAGAACAAAAAUGUUGGUUUAAAAUUACUUUUAUAAGGAAAUAAAUCUAAAAUAAUUUCUCAAUUUAAAAGAAUAGCACUUCUCUUGCACUGAAGAAUGUCAUCUAUAGGAUUCUCUAUUUAGGCAAACUUUGAGAAAUAUAUUUUGAGUAAUAGAUUUAUAAUGUUGCAUUUAACUGAAAGUAUAUACAUUUAUAUCAAGGUGAAAAUGCUAUAAACAAUAUGACUCCUUUUCACUUUGUUAAAAUUGGUAAGUUUGGUAACUUGUACUGACAACAAACAUAACUAGUAUCUAACAAUAACAAGAUUAAGUAUGUCUAAGACAGUUUAAUAUGAUUGUUUAUUUAAAAAAUUUUACUUUGGUGCAUCACAUUUUAGUCACAUUUUUUAAGUCCCUGAACUUUCCUUAAUCAGGUCGCUUAUUACUCUAGUCAGCACCAGAAUGCAGUUUCUUGAAAUUCUGGGCAUAGGACAUCAGGGACACUGAGUAAAACACAUUCUACUUCAGAUAUAAAAUCAUAACACCCUAAAUUUGAUAGGUGGCCGAAAUGUAACGAAGCCAACACAAGAAGAUAGAAUGUAAAUUUUGAACUUAAUUUUAGAGAAAAACUUGUUUGUGUAUCUCUUUGGUUCCUUUGUGUAACAUUUACACUUACUCAUUUUUUUUUAAACACUAAACCUAUACUCUUGUCAUCUUUUUAAUUUUCAUCUAGUUUAAGAGUAAAUAAAAGUCUAAAAUUUUUUUAUUUCCUAUAAGUGAUUACUAUAGUAGACAAUACUGUUCAUUUAUUAAAAAUGAGUAAAAAUGAUUUUGAAACUUAAUAUGAUAAAGUAAAUGUUUAUAUAUUUCUCUCAAAAUAUUAAUUUGUAUUCUUAAAGCAUUCUAAAAAUAUUUUAAAAGAAGUUUUGUAAAUCCAGGUUGCUUUUAACAAGUAAAUGCCUUUUUUGUCAUAUGCUGCAUUUUUAUUCUUAAUCAUCACAAAUACUGACAUUUUCACACAAUAAAAAUAAUAUAUAUCAA